AUGUUGCUGCUGAGCCUGUCCUGGCUGGGCCUCGGGCCAGUGGCAGCAUCCCCAUGGCUGCUUCUGCUGCUGGUCGGGGCCUCCUGGCUCCUGGUCCGCAUCCUGGCCUGGACCUACGCCUUCUAUGACAACUGCCGCCACCUCCGGUGUUUCCCGCAGCCCCCGAAACAGAACUGGUUCUUGGGUCACCUGGGCCUGGUCACCCCCACAGAGGAGGGCUUGAGGGUCCUGACCCAGCUGGUGGCCACCUACCCCCAGGGCUUUGUGAGGUGGUUGGGCCCCAUCUUUCCCAUCAUCAACUUGUGCCACCCCGACACCGUCCGAUCUGUCAUCAAUACUUCAGAUGCCAUUACAGACAAGGACAUAAUCUUCUACAAGACCCUGAAGUCCUGGCUGGGGGAUGGGCUCUUGUCAAGUGUUGGUGACAAGUGGAGACACCACCGUCGCAUGCUGAUGCCUGCCUUCCGUUUCAACAUCCUGAAGCCCUACAUAAAGAUUUUCAGCAAGAGUGCGAACAUCAUGCAUGACAAGUGGCAACGCCUGGCCAUGGAGGGCAGCACCCGUCUGGACGUGUUUGAGCACAUCAGCCUUAUGACCCUGGACAGUCUGCAGAAAUGCAUCUUCAGCUUUGACAGCGCUUGUCAGGAGAAGCCCAGUGAAUAUAUUGCCACGAUCAUGGAGCUCAGUGCCCUUGUAGUGAAACGGAAUAGCCAGUUCUUCCGGUACAAGGACUUCCUAUACUUCCUCACUCCCUAUGGACGGCGCUUCCACAGGGCCUGCCGACUGGUGCAUGACUUCACAGAUGCCGUCAUCCAGGAGCGGCGCCGCACCCUCACUAGCCAGGGUGUUGAUGACUUCCUCCAAGCCAAAGCCAAGUCCAAGACUUUGGACUUCAUUGAUGUGCUCCUGCUGAGCGAGGAUAAAAAUGGGAAAGAGUUGUCAGAUGAGGACAUAAGAGCAGAAGCUAACACUUUCAUGUUUGCAGGCCGUGACACCACGGCCAGUGGCCUCUCCUGGGUCUUGUACAACCUCGCAAGGCACCCAGAAUACCAAGAACGCUGCCGGCAGGAGGUGCAAGAGCUUCUGAAGGACAGUGAGCCUAAAGAGAUUGGAUGGGACGACCUGGCCCAGUUGCCUUUCCUGACCAUGUGCCUGAAGGAGAGCCUUCGGUUGCAUCCCCCAGUCCCUACAUUCUCCCGCGGCUGCACCCAGGACGUGGUGCUCCCAGACAGCCGGGUCAUCCCCAAAGGGAAUGUCUGUAGCAUCAACAUCUUCGCAAUCCAUCACAACCCCUCAGUCUGGCCAGACCCUGAGGUCUAUGACCCCUUCCGCUUCGACCCAGAAAACGCCCAGAAGAGGUCACCUAUGGCUUUUAUUCCUUUCUCUGCGGGGCCCAGGAACUGCAUCGGGCAGACGUUCGCGAUGGCAGAGAUGAAGGUGGUCUUGGCGCUCACGCUGCUGCGCUUCCGCAUCCUGCCCGACCACAGGGAGCCACGUAGGAAGUCGGAGAUUGUUUUGCGUGCGGAGGAUGGACUUUGGCUGCUAGUAGAGCCCCUGGACUGA